UGAGUUAGACAUGUUAUAAGGAGGAACAAAAAAUCUAUCUUGUUCACGCCACUUGAAUUUGUUCUCAUGCAUCAACUCUGAUCCCUAAACCCUUGCCCUGUUGCACGCUUAGAAGCUAUUAGUAUCUCUCUCUUUUUUACAAAUAGAAGCUAUUAAAAUAUUAUUAACUUAUUACAAAUCAUAACCUCUUUUUGUGUUGUUAGUAUAGAGUAUAUGUGUACUCUUGUUAUAGAGUAUUUUUCUCCUUGUAUUGUAGAAUAGACUUGUACAUAUGUGUCACAUCACUAUCUUGUAGAUAGUAUAUAUAACAUUUGUAACCUAUUGAUUGAUUAAUGGAGAAUACAGAUUAUCAUAAGAGAAUCACAUCACUAUCUUGUAGAUAGUAUAUAUAACAUUUGUAACCUAUUGAUUGAGUAAUGGAGAUUACAGAUUAUCAUAACAGAAUUUUGUUAUGCCUUAUCCUUUCUACUAUUGCUGCGUUUCUUACUUCUUCAUCAUAGAUUCAUGGAUAAUCUUGAACAUGGUGCAUUCUUGCCACUGUUUCAUAGCUUCAGGUGUCACCAUUAACAUGGUAUCAAAGCCUGGUUUAAGAUCUGGUGGGCCAGUUAUUAUGAUUUCCGCUAUCGGGUCACCUACCAUUUAUUUCCACGCUCCAGUUGUCUAGUUCUGGGCCUGAGGGAGUGUGUUAAGAGUCUCACAUUGGAUAAUAUAUGGCCUAAACAUGUGCUUAUAAGUGGGGACAAUCCUCACCCUACUAGCCGGUUUUGUAGGGUUGAGUUAGGCCUAACCACAUUUCUUAACAUGGUAUCAGAGCUCCAAAAACUCUGGUAGCCAUCAUUUUUUUAAGGUAUUAUUCGUUUCUUGAUUAUGUUUUUCAAUCGAUUCGACGUUAUCUUCGUUUUUCGAUUGAUUCUUUGUUGCUUUCUUCAUCGGUCGAAUCUCUAUUCGUUUUCGUUUUCGAUCAAUUUCUCCUUUUGUUAUCUCUGUAAUUUGUUUCCCUUUUGUACCAACUCUUCCAGUCCAUAUUACCUGCAUCCGAAUGAAAAUUCAUCCCUUGUUCUUGUUACCCCUCUUCUUGACGACAAAAAUUAUCACACAUGGGCUCGAUGCACAUUGCAUUGAUUUCAAAGAACAAGGAAAUAUUCAUCGAUGGCAUGCUUCCAAAGCCUCCAGUUUCGGAUGUUCUCUAUGCUCCUUAGAUUCGCUGCAACACGAUGGUAUUGGCAUGGAUCCAUUGUUCCAUUUCAGAAUCUAUAGCUACAUUUGUUUUAUGGAUUGAGAAUGUUGUUUAUGUAUGGAGAAAUCUGCAAAUUAGGUUUUCUCAAGGUGACAUUUUCCGCGUAUCUGAUAUACGAGAAGAUUUAUAUAAAUUCCGCCAAGGAAAUCUUGAUGUUUCCAAUUAUUUUACCCAAAUAAGGGUUAUGUGGGAUGAACUAGAAGCCUAUAGACCAAUUACUACUUGUUCUUGCGCCAUACCUUGUUCAUGUGGUGCCCUUGGAUCUGUUAGAAAGUAUCGGGAACAAGAUUAUGUGAUCAGAUUUCUAAAAGGAUUGGACAAGAAGUUUACACAAUCCAAGACUCAUAUCAUGAUGAUGAACCCUCUGCCAAACAUUAGUCAGGCCAUUGCUCUGAUUAUUCAACAAGAACGAGAACUCAAUAGUUCUCAAUCUGCUAUUUCUAACAGCACUGGCUCUGAAGAAUUAACAGCUCUUCAUUUGAAUGCAGCUUCAGGUCACAAUUCUUCCAAGACUAGCAACAAUUCUUUCAAGGGCAAGAGCAAUGGUUAUGGAGGAAAUAAGAGUCACAAUAGAGUGUGCACUCAUUAUGGUAGAACCAACCACACAUUUGAGAUAUGUUUUCUCAAACAUGGAUACUCUCAUGGGUUUAGAGGUAAAGAAAAAUCCCAUACUUCUAAUGCUCAAUCUCAAUAUGUGGCUUCUGUUGAAACAGGUCAGGCAUCUCCCGGGCAGCAGUCCACUCAGUCUAUGCUUGGCUUCACUCAAGAGCAAUAUCAAAGUAUCCUGGAGUUAAUUCAACAGUCCAAGCCCAACCCAAAGGCCAAUUCCAUUUCCACCUCACCAUUAGUCUUAAACUCUCGCUCCACUCAUGAAAAUGAACCAUUCCAAGGAAAUGAUUGGUUCAACUAAACUUCACAGAGGCUUAUAUGUGCUUGAUUCCUUUCAACACAAUCAUGCUUGUAAUUCUUCUAUACAAGAUACAUCUUUACUUUGGCAUUUAAGAUUAGGAUAUCUUUCUUCUAUAGGGCUGCAACAUGUAUCUAAAUUUUUUCUCUUUAUUCCUUUUAAAUGUAACACUACUUUUCCUUGUGAUCCUUGUCA